AUGGAAGACCGCCAUGACCGCGCGGGAAACCGACUAUGCUCACUCACUAUUGAGGCUACGAGAAGCAAUGGUAACCCAAUGGCUGCACUGUUCGACGACUGUGUCAACUACCUGCCCUGGAGUGGCUUGGCUUGCUUUCCAAAUGGUUUUAUUAACACCACUCAAGCCCGCCACGUGCAAGCAGCCAUAUAUAUCAUUUACGAUGGUAUGUCUUCUCGCAUCAUUCGCGCAAACAUCCGCUUUAUUUCAUAUAUUUUGCUCCGUGAGCCAAUCUCUCUUAAAUACCGCGUCGAUGUCGGUCCUACAAAUCCCGCCUGUGUGUCGUGCCGCCUCCGCCUCCGAAGGAACGACGAUGUCAAUCAGGGUGGGGAUGGCUCAAGACUGAUCAGAUUUUGUCCGUCGUUCAGUGAUGAAUUGUAUUCUACCCAAGUUACGCUGUACUUUCGACUCCGGUUCACCAACUCCUUCGAAACGGACUCCUCGGACGUGUCCCUCAACGACAACCUGGAGGUUUUCCGCUUCAUCACGAUCAUCUACGACAACAGUAUGGCAUUGCUCGAAAGCUUAAUCUCACCUGGAUCGGACAUUCAAUCCCUGAGGACUAGGAAAAUCAAAAGAAGCAGCUUCAUCCUCCCUUGUGUCCCCGAGUCAGUCUCAGUCGCAUCUAUUAACACCGUGAAGUCGACAAUGACACAAAAACCGAGCACCGUGAAGCCUUCCCGCGUGUCCCAGAAGUCCAGCAAUAAGGGGUCUCAGCCGACAGUGAACGGUCGAGCGACACGUACUCAUCCGCCUCCCAGCAAGCCACAAGGGCCCGAGACUACAAAUAGCCAAGCGGCUUUCUCCAGCCUGCCGGUGCCCUUGCAGCAACGCAUCCUCGACGAGUUCCAGCGAUCGUUUGGAGACCUCUUCCAGCCCGCAGCGCCGGACGGCUCGCCAACACUAACCACGCUCUUGCAGGAGAUAAAGGCAGCCCUCUUCAACCGGGACUUCGCCGCCGCUUUUCAGAAUGCCCGUCCCGCCCUCCUCGAGGCCUACGCCGCCCGCUGGAGCCCAACCCGUGCCCUGGGCUACGCCUCCGUCUUGGUUGGCCUGGCGGGCCACCUGGACGGGAUCCUCCUCCCGGGUCUACCGCCACCCGAGGCCGUGGACGGGAUAGGCGGGGAUACAUCCACAGCGAAUGCUCACAACACCAGGAUACUCAAAGUGCUCUCCAUCGGAGGAGGCGCCGCCGAAAUCUCUGCCCUCGCCGCAUUCCUCGCCCACCAGAAUACUCUCAGCCAGGCCAGAACAUUUUCAGGGACCAUCACCCUCCUCGAUUCGGCCCCCUGGUCCCCCGCCAUCGCCAAACUCCACGAUGCCAUGACCACCCCUCCGCCCUUGUCCAAGUACGCCAGCGCCGCGGUUCGCGCCGCUAACACCCCUCUGAUACUGCCCGGUCAGCUCUCCUCGACUUUCGUCCACGCCGACGUGCUCGCCAUGACCAGAGAGGAGCUCGCUUCACGCCUCGAUGGCCCCUCCCUGGUGACCCUCUUUUUCACUCUGAACGAGCUCUUCACGGCGGGCGGCAUCGGCAAGACGACUGCCUUCCUCCUCAACCUCACCGCCGUUAUCCCUGUCGGUUCGCUGUUGCUCGUCGUUGACAGUCCGGGAAGCUACUCCGAGGCCGUCGUAGGAAAGGAGUCGAAGCGCUACCCCAUGCACUGGCUCCUGGACCACGCGCUGCUCAAGCGAGGGCGUCUGGCCCAGGACGAUACCAUCAGCGACGGGGGUUGCACCUGGGAGAAAGUCGAGGAGAACGAGUCCGUCUGGUUCAGGUUAUCCGAUUCUUUACGGUACCCUAUCCAGCUGGAGAACAUGCGAUACCAGAUGCACCUCUAUCGAGCCACCAAGCAGCUCUAGGGUGAUGACAAUAAAGGGAACGGGGGAGGCGGGGGGCAUAGACCCUACCUCGACCCCCCGUUGCGGUUCUAUUAUAGAGAUUUUGGAUAAGUGAAGAUCUAGAUCUUACGUGAAGAAGCCUGCUUCCCGCGGGAUGCAUUGACACGCUGGCGCGGCUAU